AACCCUGUGUGGGUAAUUCUUCUCGCUCGUAGUCGACUCUCUCCGUAUCUCAUAGUCUUGGCGGCAGCGGCAAACCUGUGCGACGGUGCGCAGUAGUAGUCAAAGACGAACAGUGGCAGAGCAUUGUGCCGAAAUAUCGCGGUAAAUCAGAUAUGUGGCUUCGCAGUAUUCAAAGAAUUGGAAAUGCAGAUGGAGGUGGAGGUUCUGCUGGCCUUGUGUUCAGUACAUUUGCGAGGUAUUUCUCGAGGAAGCGAGCAGAGAAUCUUAGGAAGAUCAAUCCCAAGUUGACCCCUCAGGAAGCGUCUUUGGUUGCUCAAGAUCUCUAUGGUGUUGUCAAGCAGCACGGCCCUCUCACCGUUUCCAAUGCUUGGAUUAAAGCUCAGGAAUCUGGCGUGAAUGGAUUGAACAGCAAAACACACAUGAAGCUACUGCUGAAAUGGAUGAGGGGAAGGAAGAUGCUCAACCUUUUCUGCAAUCAAGUUGGUUCCAACAAGAAAUUUCUGCUUUGUACUCCCGAUGAUCCUCGGGCAGAACAGUUGAAGAGUUCUUCAGAAUCGGGAGUCCAGAGAAAGAAGAGAGCAAAGUCACCAGUAAAGAGAAGAAAGGCAUCAAAAUAGACCUUUGCUAACGUCUGUUUUUUUAGGAUGCAGUGGGCUGGCUAUCCUCUGGUUUGUUUGUACUGAUGCGGGCUCAUGACAUACGAUGAAUUUGUGAGUCCCCCUCCGGCUCUUUUUUUGCCCCCAUUUCAACUCAUUUUGGUCAUAUGCAAGGUUUUUCAAAUAUUUCACAUUGACUUGUUUCCAUAUAUUGACUGAUAAAACAUGUAUUUAAUUUCAUGUUCGAUAAAGCAUGGAUCCUGAUGCCUCGUUGAAUGGAUGGCUAGACUAAACAACUAUGGAUUGGCCUAAUAAGGGCCAUGUAUAAGUCAUGGUGGCCACCUACAUAGGCUUUAAGAUCCUAUAGAUUACUUUAGCAACUAAAUAUCAUAGCUGACUGUGUCUAGUUUCAAUUUAAGAGCAUUCGGCUACUUUGAAAUGUUUAACAGUUAUUUCAAGGGUAUGCAACAUGUGUAAAUUGGAUAGCAUUUUUAUGACUUCAAGAACAAGCUAAAAAUCCAAGGAUUUUGUUUCCAA